CGACGAUCUAUAUUCGCACUUGUCAGUUGUCACGCAUUUUAAUUUAAACUCGCGAUUUUGAAAUCAAUGUGACAAUCUUUUCAGUCGUCGAUGCGCAUGAGAAAAGCGCGUGCGUGAGAAAAUUUCCUCUCAAACUCUCGUCUCGAUCUCAAGUGCUUCCCGUUUCAGUCGUUUCUAUUCUAGUCGAGAGACUAACGUGGAAAGCAUCGCACAGCAUUCACAGCAUUCCCGCAGCAUUCGCAGCAGCAGGUCGUUUGCUUCAACAAAUAAGUUUUUACGCUCAACAAUCGAUACGCGUCGUUAGCAAACAUGGAUGUUAAAAAAAUCAUGGAAUUUAUGGAGCUGAUCGGGCGCUUGAAGCAUAUCAAACGAACUGGUUGGGUUAUAAGGAAUAUUGGAGAUCCAGAAACUAUAUCCGGACACAUGUACAGGAUGGCCAUGCUUUCUUUUCUUAUUGAUCCAAAAGAAAAUUUAAAUAAAUCUAAAUUAAUUGAGAUGGCGUUAGUUCAUGACUUGGCUGAAUGCAUAGUAGGAGAUAUCACUCCUCAUUGUGGAGUAUCUCCUGAAGAUAAACAUAGAAUGGAAGAUGAAGCUAUGGAGAAAAUUUGUGCAGACUUAGGAGAAAGAGGACAAGAAAUGCUUGUGUUAUUUAGGGAGUAUGAAAAACAAGAAUCACUGGAAGCUCGAUAUGUGAAGGACUUGGAUAGAAUUGAUUUAUUAAUGCAAGCUUAUGAAUAUGAAAAAAGAGACAGCAUUCCAGGAAAGCUACAAGAAUUUUUCACCUCUACUCGAGGAAAGAUAACUAAUCCCUUUUUAGAAAGUGUAGAAAAAGAAAUUAACAAUGCGAGAGAUAAAUUACUUAGCACAGCAGAAGAAAAUGAAAAGUGAUAGUUGAACCAAAAAUUUUUAAAAUGAAAAAGCUAAAAAAUUGUUUUAUUUUUUAGUAAAUAUAAUUAUAUAAUCUAAAAUAGCAUUUAAAGGAAAAAAUAGAUAAAAAAUUAUUAGCUCAGUCAAAGUUAUGAUUAAGUAUGUAUUAAUUUUGAAAGUGUUCAAUUAGGAUUAGGAUAUUUUAUUUACAUAAUAUAAUAUCCUAACUGCUUUUCAAAGCAAAGUUAAGAUUCAUUGUUGAUUAACAGAUUAAAUAUUGAGUUUGAUGUCAUGAAUCAGAGUUUUAUAUCAGAAUUUAUUCAUAAUAUUGUUUAAAUUCUUCAGUUUAUCAUAAUUAAUUAUUUUAAUUAAUCUUUUUCUCAAUAACUCAUUGUACACAAAAGUUACAGUAAUAAGUAACAUAAUUAAAUCAUAUAAUAUUUAUAUUUAUAUAAAUAUAUUCAAUAUUAAAAAAACUUUAAUAUUUAAUUAUGUGUUCACAUUUUAAGAUUUUUUUGUAUCUUAAAAAUGUAAUUUUCAUAUCUUUGUAAAGCUCUUUUCAUAUUCAAAUACUUAAAUACUCAAAAUUAUUGCGCAAGUAUUACUAAUUCUUUAAAUUAUUGAGAUGUAAAAUUUAUUUAACCACGUAAAUGAAUGAUUAAAUAUUAUUUUUUUCAUACA